CCGUUUACCACCUCCGCCGACGAGAACCAGAAGUUGCGCUGCGAGCUCUCGGCGAGCUUAACCGCACGCAGAAGCCUUGAAAGAAUGUUCUCCUCACUCGGCCAAGAGAAAGAGAUGAUUGCCACUGAGUUGGCUCGCAAAGUGCAGGAGGUCCAUGAUAUGGAGGAGCUUGUGAGUGACUUGAGAGCUUAUAAUAAUAAGUUGACUGAGAAGUUGAAUGAUUGGAGGCAAGCUGGGAUUGAUGGUGGAUUAAUGGAAAUGAAGGAGAGGAAUAGGGAGUUGUCUGAAAAGUUUUUGAAGGUGUUGGAUGAGUGCAAGAUGGCAAAGAGGAGGUUGAGGGAGGUGAAGGAGGAGAAUGAGAGGGUGAGGGAGGAGGUGGAGGUGUUGUUGGAGAGGAUGAAAAUUGUGAGGGGGAGGGGAAGAAGAGGGGUGGUGGAGGAGGAGGAGAUGGAGGAGAUGGAGGAAGUUUUGGAGAAGUUGGCUAAGGUUGGAUUGCCAUCUUGUUCUAACUGAUUUUGGUGGUUGUUGCUCGGCGGUUAACUAUGAGCAUGAGACCUUUUGGUGCGGAAGAAAAUGUCCAACUACUGAGUCACCAUCUGAUUUACUUAUUGAUGGUUGUUACUUAUGUUAUAAGAAAAGGUUGAUAUGAAUAUGUAUGCAAGUAUUUAUUCUUUUGUAUUUUAUAUAGUUUGUUGGAAGUGUA